CUUCCUUCCACUGUCUUCUCGCCUUCCCUACCCUCGACGCUGACAGUGGCUAUUCUGUAGCUUCCUCUCGACACUUCGAACCCCUCCGCAUUCAAAUAGCGCGGGUGAUCAAGGAGGGAAAACCCCACAAAUCUUCUUCCCCACAAUCUCUCUCUCUCUCUCUCUCUCUCGCCAUGGAUAUGGAGCUUGACCCGGACGAAGUCUUCAGAGACGAUGAAGACGAUGCUGAGGCAGAAUACUUUCGGGAAAGGGCGUCAACUAAGGAACUGGCGGUCUACUUGAUCGAUGCUUCCCCUAAAAUGUUCCUCACUCACUCUCCUUCGGAGAAACAUAUGAAAGAUGAGAGUCAUUUCCAUAUCACCAUGAGCUGUAUCUUAUCGUCAUUGAAGACUCAAAUCAUCAGCAGGUCAUAUGAUGAAGUUGCAAUAUGCUUCUUUAACACUAGGGAAAAGAAGAAUCUGCAGGACUUAAAUGGUGUCUUUGUGUUUAAUGUUGGUGAUCGGGAGUCUCUAGACAGGCCAACCGCGAAAUUCAUUAAGGAACUUUCUCAGUUAGAGGAAAAGUUUGCAAAAGAAAUUGGAAGUCAAUAUGGUAUCGUGGCUGGUUCUCGGGAAAAUUCACUUUACAAUGCUCUCUGGGUUGCACAGGCACUUCUUCGUAAAGGAUCUGCAAGGACAGCUGACAAGCGUAUUCUUCUUUUCACGAAUGAGGAUGAUCCUUUUGGGAACAUAAAAGGAGCCACUAAAACAGAUAUGACAAGGACCACACAGCAACGAGCAAAAGAUGCACAAGAUCUAGGCAUAUCGAUUGAGCUUUUUCCAUUGAGUGAGCCUCACAAAGAGUUUGAUCUUUCUCGUUUCUAUGCUGAUAUGAUUGGAAUUGACGACGACGGUAUUGCUGAAUUUAUGUCUGCAAUAGGAGCAAAAUUCGAAGAUAUGGAAUAUGAGCUAAAAAGGCGUAUGAUCAAGAAGCGCAUUGUCAAGACAUUGACAUUUACAAUUGCUAAUGGACUUGCAAUUGAAGUUAAUACUUAUGCUUUGGUUCGGCCAACAGUACCAGGGUCAACUGUCUGGCUUGAUUCUGUCACCAAUCAACCUUUGAAGAUAGAGAGAUCUUUCAUCUGUGCGGAUACUGGGGCAUUGAUGGAAGAGCCUACAAAACGCUUUCAAACUUAUCAGAAUAUGAACGUCAAGUUUUCAGUGGAGGAACUAUCCGAAAUAAAGAGGGUAUCAACUGCCCAGCUUCGUCUUCUUGGAUUCAAGCCAUUGAAUUGCUUAAAAGAUUACCACAACUUGAGGCCAUCAACUUUUAUUUUUCCUACUGAUGAGGAAGUACUUGGAAGCACUCUCAUUUUUGUUGCCUUGCAUAGAUCCAUGUUGCGUUUGAACCGUUUUGCAGUUGCAUUUUAUGGCAAUCCAUCUCAUCCUCAAUUGGUCGCCAUUGUUGCUCAAGAUGAGGUAAAAGUUGCUGGUGGUCAGGUUGAGCCACCGGGAAUGCACAUUAUUUAUCUUCCAUAUGCAGAUGACAUCAGACCCAUCGAAGAGUUUCAGAUGAGCCCAGAAAAUCCAGUACCUCGGGCAAGUGAUGAACAAAUUGACAAAGCUGCUGCACUGAUGAAACGAAUUGAUCUGAAGGGCUUCUCCAUCACCCAGUUGAGCAAUCCCGCUUUGCAGAGACACUAUGCGGUUUUACAAGCCUUAGCUCUGGAAGAGGAUGAAUUGCCUGAAACCAAGGACAAAACGCUUCCUGAUGAGGAAGGCAUGUCUCGACCUACAGUUGUUAAUGCAAUCGACCAAUUCAAGCAUUCUGUUUAUGGAGAUCAGUAUGAGGCUAGGAGCUCUGCCGGUGACGACAACAUGAGUGAGGCCUCAAAAAAGCGAAAGGCAAGCGCUGGGAACGCUGUAAAGGAGUGUGAGAACUACAACUGGGCUGAAAUGGCUGAGAGUGGGAAGUUGACGACAUUGACUGUGGUGGAGCUGAAAUACUACUUGACAGCACACAACCUCCCCGUUUCAGGGAAGAAGGAAGAUCUCAUCAGCAGAAUAAAGAUGCAUUUGAGGAAGUAAGUGUGUAAAACAACGGUAGCUGGACCCAUUGGAGUAUGAAAAUCGAGGAAUUUUUUGUGAAGGCUGAUGCAAAAUCCCAAAUUGACCCAGAUGAACCACCAGAUUUUGUCCCGAGAUGGAAAGCACUGUCCUGAAAACGAUUGCACUAAAAUGGAUGUAGCAAGUUGAGCUUUUGUCAUAGUUAGCCUCAUGGAUUGUCUUGGAAUAUUGGAUAGGGCGGUCAUUCAUGCUGAUAAGUAGUAAGUUUCUGAAUAGAGGCUGACUAAAGUUAUCUAGUUCUGCCCAGGAAACAGAUUUCCAGGUUCAUUAACAUAUGUAAAUCUCUAGUCAUCGUCGGUAAUGCUGUAUCAACGGUUUGGGUUUUGGCAGUUCCAUGUCAGAUUGGGGAGAUUAAUGUACAUCUUGUGAAACUGUGUAAAUUUGAAUCUGUAGUAGAAGUAUCUGUUGUUUGGGCCA